GCUGGCGCCGCCAGGCAGCCAGGCUGCUUCCUUCUCUUCCUUCUCGCGCCCCACCUCCCCCUGGAGCCGGUUGAGGGGGAGCAGCAACACCAGCAGAAAGGAGGAGGUGCAGGGUGAACAGAUACUGACUCCCACUUUCAAACCUUAAGGCUGUGUAGCCGAAGGGAGUAAGACAUGCGUCGCUCCCCUCGGUCCAGCCUUGCUGCAGCCCGCGCCAGACUAGGAGGAACUGCGGAGCCCACACCUGCAAACUCGCCGUAGAAGUCUCAGCGUGUGGCCGGGGCCUCCUCCCGGUUCCCCAGGGCCUCCACCUCUCGACGGGUGGUCUCAGCCCCUGUCCGGGGACAUGUGCCAAUGACCCUAGUGGUGGUUUCGCUUUCUCUUCUCUCGGCCGUGUGAACGUGUCCGCAGCGUGAUGGGCAACCAGGUGGAGAAACUGACUCACCUAAAUUAUAAGGAAGUUCCCACAGCCGACCCGACUGGCAUGGACCGGGACGACGGUCCUCGCAUUGGGGUCUCCUACAUCUUUUCCAAUGACGACGAGGACGUGGAGCCGCAGCCGCCGCCCCAGGGGCCGGAUGGCGGUGGCUUGCCCAAAGGCGGGGAGGGGCCGACGCUGCCCCCACCGCAGCCCUACGACCCUCGGCUGCACGAGGUGGAGUGCUCCGUGUUCUACCGCGACGAGUGCAUCUACCAGAAAAGCUUCGCGCCAGGCUCCGCGGCACUGAGCACCUACACGCCAGAGAACCUGCUCAACAAGUGCAAGCCUGGCGACCUGGUGGAGUUCGUGUCGCAGGCCCAGUACCCGCACUGGGCUGUAUACGUGGGCAACUUCCAGGUGGUGCACUUGCACCGGCUGGAAGUGAGCAACAGCUUCCUGACCGACGCGAGCCAGGGCCGGCGCGGCCGCGUGGUGAACGAUCUGUACCGCUACAAGCCGCUCAGCCCCAGCGCGGUGGUGCGCAACGCGCUGGCGCAGGUAGGCGCUAAGGAGCGCGAGCUGAGCUGGCGCAACUCGGAGAGCUUCGCCGCCUGGUGCCGCUACGGCAAGCGCGAGUUUAAGAUCGGCGGCGAGCUGCGCAUCGGCAAGCAGCCCUACCGGCUGCAGAUCCAGCUCUCUGCUCAGCGCAGCCACACGCUUGAGUUCCAGAGCCUGGAGGACCUGAUCAUGGAGAAGCGGCGCAACGAUCAGAUAGGGCGCGCAGCGGUGCUGCAGGAACUCGCCAUGCACCUGCACCCGGCCGAGCCGGAAGAGGGCGACAGCGAAGCUGGGCGGACUAAGCCUCCUCCCGAGCGCCCUGCUGCGCCGGGCUGGGAGGAGGAGGAUCGAGAGGCGGUGGUGCACUGACGGGAGAGCUGUGAGUGCAGAGCUGUGAGUGCAGAGCUGUGACAGGGAGCUGUUGCCAGCAGCCACUGCUCCCUCCCUCUACUCCUCCUCCAACACCUUCUGGGCCCCAUCUGGGUUCCUGGGCCAUUCAUUUGGCAACCGGAGAGUUGGCAAAAUGCGCAGCCAGCGGUGGCUUGAGCUUGUUAUCUUGGACAGAGGAGGAAGAGGGAGCACGUAGGAACACUUUGGUUGGGGGCGCUACCUGCCCAUCCUCUCAGCCUGUCUUCUCCCUGAGGUGGGGCAAACUGGGGGCAUGCCUAACACUAAAUCCCUGCUGGACCUGGGUCCAACAUCAACCCUCCGUAUGCACGCAGGCGUGGCGAAAAGUUAGGAGUACCAAUGCCUGCUGUUGCCUUCUACCUGCUGCUCUGCCGCCCUGGGCCUGGAGGAUGCCCUGUGCUAAGGCCAGAGUGGGAUUGGGGCCACCAGAGCCGCAUGUGGGCUGCCCCUGUGGAGCUGUGUGUGGGAUCCAGGAGGCUGGGGUGAUUUGUUUCAGGGGAUUCCUGGGAUGCAGGCUUGGAGAAACCAGGACCAAGUGUGGGAGCAGCGGCCCAAAUGGAGCAGCCACCUGUGAAGUAUAACAAAAGAGUCAGUAAACUUGGGCCACAAAACAAAGACUUUGCUACCUCCCUCCUCUGCAUCCCCAGGUAAUUCUCCCUCUGGGGCUGGCUGAGCCUCCUGCCCCCUCCUGCUCCACCAGCCACUUUCUAGGUUACAACUAAAUCAUUGUCAUGGGCCAGCCAGGGGAAGGAUUCAAUUAUGGUUCUGUUUGGCUGCCUUCGUUCCUCGCCUGCUAUUGUAGGCACUUACAGCUGUGUUAUUUGUUAUCAAAGGAGGGAAUAGCCUUUUGUGUCUCUGAUCUAAUUAAACCUGCUUGGCUGUGUUCAUCCCCAGGUCACCCAUGGGAUUGGCUAGUGCCACCCCAUAAAGUAUCCACUACAGAAGCCGCUAAACAGGUUUGCCCUGGCAGGAAUUAGUCACGCCCACUUCCCACUGAACCCCAUUCCUGAACAGUGAUGGUAACCUUUUUAAAAUGUAAGGCUUCGGUGGUGGUUCUGUGAAUUUUAAUUCCCCUCACCACCCCAUCCCCCACUUUUGUUCUGCUGCUGGUAAAAUCUCAGGCCUGUGGCAUAUUUUAAUGAUAAGGUAUUUAUUUUGGUAGCCACUCUUGAUGGACACUUAAUUCAAGAUGUGAAGUCUAAUUAUAUUGCAACAGUCUCGUUGUUUGGAGAACACACUUUGAAUGCUUGCUUAAGAGACCUGACAGCAAUCACAAAUGCCACCUGGUAUAGUCAGUGCCAAAUCUGGUGAUGGUCCUAAAGCACAGGUUAGUGAUUGUGGGAUCUGCUGAUAGCAGACUGGCCAAUACUAUUUGGAUCCGCUGCUGAGCUACAGUUUGCUCUACUAGGAGACUUAAAUUUUUUUACAUCCUGUUCCUUGUAGUCAUGUGAGCUUUUUAAUGAUGUGUGCCCUGUAUUUCAGAAUGCGUCUCUGCUGCUCAUUGGCAUUGCUCAUCCUGUCUCAAAAGUUGAGUAAAGUUUUUACUUCUCUUGGGAGUCAUUAGAGAUUGCACUGAACACGUCAUUUUUGUGACCUAAUUCUUACAGUUGGAGUAGAAUCACAUUUGAGUGUUUCACAGCGUGGCUAUCCUUGGGCCUUCCGCCUGACUAUCUCUAAAUCAAGGCAACAAGACUUGAAAGAGGCCCUUGUAUACUUUUUCCAAGCUUGGCAGUUGUGGCCAUAAUUUUAGUCUUCAUAGCACCUCCACAUGACAUCAUUUAAUUACAAGGGCAUUACUAUGUUCCCUGUUUGUUGACGACAGGUGUCACCAGACAGGUCCUAUAUCGCUUUAUUAGAGAUGAACCACACUCAGCUCCAGUCUGUGACUUGGAGACGUAUCAUUCUAGUUUCCAUGUUUAGUAAAUCUCACCGCUUUUUGUUUAUGUUCUCUUGCUCAUGGAAAAGUGGCGGAGUAACACGGCUUAAGACAUUGAGGAGAUCCUGCUCUACCUAAGAGAUCUGGAUUUUCUUUUAUGCUUAACACAGUAGUACAAAUUAAAGGUAAUGGCUAAUGUGCAGAGAGCGGGAAGGAAGGAGACCAGCACUGCCCAGCAGCUCUGGGCUAGCAAGCUGGCCAGCUGUCCUUUCACUUCUCCAUCUCUGUCUCCCUCCUCUGCCCUCAAAUGGAAAGUGAAUGUCAGCGGUCAUACUGAGGUAGAGCAGUGACUCUCUCUUGUUGCAAAUGAACUGCUUUUUGUGAGAAGUCUCGAACGCGAAGAAGAACUCCUGUAAGACCUACACCGACCAUUGCAUUCUGCCUCUGGAGAAGAGGUUUUUGAUAACAGGGCUUGACAAUGAGCUAGAAGAGGAAAUAGAUCUACUCCAGGGGCUGCUUUCCUGUGUAAAGCAAGCGUUUUGUACAGGGCACCAGAGAUGUGAAAUAUGUGAUACGUAGGAGCAGUGAUUCCAUCGGAGUUUUUGUAGGGCUAUAGAGCUUCAAGUAAAGCACCAACCAACCAGGGCAGGUGCCAAGAAAAGAGAAUCGAAUCAGCUCUUGGCUCUGUCCUCAAGAUGGCAGUGUUGUGGAUAAGUGAGGUUUUAACCCCAGGCAAUGGCUACGUCUGGCACUUUAAAAACAUAUAUUUAAUACUUUUUGUUUCUCCUUAGGCUUAGGACCUUAGAACUGUUUUGUACUUUGAAUAACAGAUGCUAUUUGAAGAAAAGAUAUACCGACUCUAAUGUUCUUCGGAGGCUCUGGCAGGGAUAAGCAGGACACCCUACUGGAACGUGUGCUAAGUGUAAUCAGACAAACUCUAUUUUCUUACUUGAGCAACUUUUUUAUUGAGACUGCUUAUGUAUGUCAGGAGCCCAUGACUUCAGCUACGCAACUUUUGUACUGAAAAAACUCAACUUUUUGUAGUUCCUAUUCCACAUUUAACUUAAAAAUAAUGUUAAUAGCACUAAAAUGCCUGGCAGAAGGCUUUGUUCCAGAACUGUAAGGAAAUUUUUAGUUUUUAUGAAAAAUGACCCUUCAGUGGUUAAACGUCUCAUGUCUUUGGUGCUUCUGACCCUGCUAGCACCACU